AGCCGCGGGCAGAGAAGGACGGUCGAUCGCGGGUCGGGGUCCCAGGGCAGGGGAGGGGGCGGUUUGAGUCAUGUUGGACUUUGCCAUCUUCGCCGUCACCUUCCUGCUGGUCCUUGUUGGAGCCGUGCUGUACCUCUACCCGGCUUCUAGACAAGCUUCAGGUAUUCCUGGGAUUACUCCAACUGAAGAAAAAGAUGGAAAUCUUCCAGAUAUUGUAAAGAGUGGAAGUUUACAUGAAUUCCUGGUUAAUCUCCAUGAGAGAUAUGGGCCAGUAGUGUCUUUCUGGUUUGGCAGGCGCCUUGUGGUUAGUUUGGGCACUAUUGAUGCACUAAAGCAACAUAUCAAUCCCAACAGGACAUCACAUCCUUUUGAAACUAUGCUAAAACCUUUAUUAAUGUAUCAAUGUGGUCUUAGUGGGGAUGCAGUUGAGAAUCACAUAAGGAAAAAGCUCUAUGAAAAUGGUGUAAACAAGUCUCUACAGAGUAAUUUUGCUGUCAUGGUCAAGCUUUCUGAAGAAUUAUUAAGAAAAUGGCUCUCAUACCCAGAAUCUCAGCAUGUGCCUCUUUACCAGCACAUGCUUGGCUAUGCCAUGAAAGCUGUUACACAAAUGGCUUUGGGUAGUAGCUUUGAAGAUGACCAGGAGGUUAUUCAAUUUCAAAAGAAUCACAACACAGUGUGGUCUGAGAUUGGGAAGGGUUUUCUGGACGGUUCAAUUGACAAAAGCACAACCCGGAAAAAGCAGUAUGAAGAAGCAUUAAUGGAAAUAGAAUCAGUUUUUAAAAAAGUCAUAAAAGAACGAAGAGAAAGAAACUUCAGUCAGCAUAUCUUCAUCGAUUCCUUAUUGCAAGGAAACCUAAAUGACAAGCAGAUCCUAGAAGACAGCAUGAUAUUUUCUCUAGCAGGAUGUGUUAUAACUGCUAACUUAUGUAUGUGGGCAGUCUAUUUUCUUACCACAUCAGAAGAUGUCCAGAAGAAAUUGCACAAAGAACUAGACCAAGUUCUUGGGAAAGGUCCAGUUACUCAAGAGAAAAUUGAUCAGCUCAGAUAUUGCCGGCAAGUACUUUGUGAGACAGUUCGAACAGCUAAAUUAACACCAAUUGCUGCCAGACUUCAGGACCUAGAAGGAAAAGUUGACCAACAUAUCAUUCCUAGAGAGACCCUUGUUCUUUAUGCUCUUGGUGUGGUUCUUCAGGAUCGUUGUGCUUGGCCAUCACCAUACAAGUUUGAUCCAGACCGGUUUGCUGAUGAAUCUGCUAUGAAAAAUCUUUCCUUGCUUGGAUUCUCAGGCUCACAAGAAUGUCCGGAGUUGAGGUUUGCAUAUAUGGUGGCUACAGUACUUCUGAGUGUGCUAGUGAGAAAACUGUACUUACAUCCUGUGGAAGGACAAGUUAUUGAAACAAAAUAUGAGUUGGUAACAUCAUCAAAGGAAGAAGCAUGGAUUACUGUUUCUAAAAGAAACUAAAAAAUGAACAUCAAGUUGCAAGAAAAACAAUGCUUCAGCCUUUUGAAGGCAAAAAUUCAUUUCUUUUGCUGAGAAGUGUUAUCCUAAACUAUCAUAAGGUUUGGUGUUCAGAACUAAUUUUUCUACAUCCUUAACAUUAUCUUCUUUUUAUAUUAAUAUUCUUUUUACUAAAUUGAAUUUUAUACAGUCAUUUGUGAUUUGAACCACAUUGACUCCAAGACAUGUGAUAUAGAAGUGAAGGUUUUUAUUGCAAGACUAUUUCUAAACACUGCCUUGUCGAAACAGACUAAUCGUGACUAGUAUAUCCUUUAGGGCUGACUAGUAAUGAAGGCCACUGUCUUAGACAACAGUAGUUAGUAGUUAUAAUUUUCAUUGUUUAAUAUUAAAUUAUCCACUGUAUUCUAGUUUUUACAUAAAACAUUUACAUUAAAUAGUCCCUACUUUGAAGAAUUUUAAUUCUAAGAGAGCACAAAAUAUGUUUCUUAGAUACUAUUAAAAAGUUUAAAUAUGCAAAGGGAACUGAAUAUUUAUAGAAAUCUUAUGACAAAUGAUUUUAUAAACAAAGAAAUCUUUUGUAAUAUGAUCUUUAAGCUGUUUUAUGUAUAACUUAGAUUUUUGUAUAUUAUUAGAUUUUUUUAAAAAACAGAUCACAUUUGUAACUAUAUUGUAUCAGCAUACUGCUCACUUUAAAUGGAUAGCUUAGCUUUAUUUUUUUGAAUUUCUGUUUUCCCAUGUUACCUCUCUUUUAUUUUUCUCAUAAAACUGAAAUUGUUAUUCUUUUGGGGGAAAUUGUUUGGCACAUUGGGGGAGGCAAGAAUUUGAUGACAUAUCAUUCUAAUAGUUACUUAUAUACUUGUGUAUUCUACCUCUCAUUAUGUCUUCUACCUCUUAUCAUGAUACCUAGUUAUUUUGACAGAUGUACUAUUUUAGUCUAAAAGAAUAGGAAAGAGAAGAAGAGAAUAUUUUCCUUAAAAAACACACUAGAAAUUCUCUAUGUCUUUCAUUCAAAACCACUUGAAAAAAUAGUCUUGUAACAUCCCCAAAGAAUUGCAUCUUACCAGUAGACAUUGAGUAAACAUUACUGACUGAUGUACUGCAGAUACAGAGAAUUCUGCCAAAAUAUCUACCCAAGGAAAUGCUCACCUGAUAGAUGACAGAAGAGUCAUCUGCCAUAUGCCAGAUAAGUAGAAUGAAUACAUUAAGGGGAUAAGUUGGCUGGAUAUGUGGCAACCUCAGUUUUUUACUAUUGAAAUAAAAUUAUGUUGAAGAAAUAGGUUAAAUAGAUUAAUAAUAACAUAGAUACAGAGGGUCUCAAUUACCAUGGCAGUGAGUAGAAUGGUAGAUUCUACUUUUCAGAACCUUUUCCUAACACUUUGUUUUUAUUAUCAAUAUGAUGCACUGUCAUAGAUCUGCAGGUAGGAUAUGAAGUAAUUGAAAAAACUGUCUCAAUAGAAACACUUGUACAUGAUUUCCAACCGAGCCAAAGAGACACUUAAAAACCUGAUGCCUUUGGGCUCCACCUAGUAAAUUCUGCUUAUUUUAACUAAAAAAUGCCAACUAAUCAUGUUGAUUGUUCAGCUGUUUAAAAUAUAAAAUAGGUUAGAGAUGGGGUAAUACAAUUUUUUUCAAGUUAUGGAUGAAAUUCACCUCUAAGGUAUGUUUUUGUUUUGACAUCCAAAUAGUUGCGAAGUAUCCACAUAAAUUUAAAUUUCAGGCCUCAAAGAGAAUUGUUAUAAGAUCUCAUCCAGCUCAUCCCACAUCCCAUGAUCUCAUCAUGCACACUAGGUUCUUUCUUUCUCUUUAUUGUGUUCCCAGUCACUGCAGUGAGGGCUUAGGCUGUAAUUGUACAUAGAAAACUAAGGUAUUUUUUUUUUUUAAUAUUGAAGUUUUCCAAACUUCAGAUGAGUGCAGGAGGGAGCAUUCAAACUUGCUCUGAAAUUUUCAAUCUGUCUUAGGUGAUUCUAAUGAAUUUCACAUGUGGGCAUCUAGGUCACACAGUGGAUAGAGUGUCUGGCCUGGAGUCAGGAAGACUCAUCUUUGUGAAUCUAAAUCUGGUCUUAGACACUCGCUAGCUGUGUGACCCUGGGCAAGUCACUUAACUCUGUCUCAGUUUCCUCAUCUGUAAAAUGACUGUAGAAGAAAAUGGCAAACCAUUCUUGUAUGUUUAAAUCUCAAAUAGAGUCACAGACUUGGACACAACUGAAAAAAUGACAACAAUAAAAUAAGGAUUAUGUGCUAUAUUCCUGAGAAGUCAUUUUUAGGGGAGAAAAACAGGACUCUACAAUUUCUGUAUUUUGUAUAACUAUUUUUUGAUUUCCAAUUACAGUUGUGUUUGUGUUUCAGUCUAUUCUUGUUAUUGAGUUUCUUUACUUACAAAUCUAUCCCCAUAUUUGUCUUCUUGUUAAUUGAAAUUUAGAUGUAUCCCUAGACAGAAGUAGUCUUUCCAGCACUUACACAAGCAGCCUCUUUUUGAAUGGCUCUGAAUCACUGGGGAAAUGACAUAGCUGUUUUUAAUGUAUUUUAAAGUGUCCUUUCUGAAAAGGGGUGUUUUGAUAAGUAUUAGGAUGAAUCCUUAUUUUGUUUGUUUUUCUGAGUUAAUACAAUCCUAUUUGCCUGGUCCUUUUCAUAUUUCAGAAAAACAUGAAAUCUUAAUUUAAUUACCAUUUGAUUUCUUGUCCUAACAAGUUGGGCCUAAACUUUUUAAAAUUUAAAAUCUUUUCAGAGCAUUUAAGUACCUCCCUUAAAUGGAUAUUUUAUGUUUUCCAUUCUCUAGAUUGGCAGUAGUGUAUUUUAUCUGGUUUAUUAAUUAUAUGCAUUUUCCAGGAUAAUUUUUUAAACCUUUAUUAUCCUUUUGUGCAGGAGCAAAACAGUGUUCAGAAUUAACUGAAGGGAAUGUCCUAAACGCAGAUUGAGAUUAGGGGGGAAAAAAGUCCAGAGAUAAAUCUCGCCCACAGAUCCAUUUAACAUAAUUCAUUUGUUACUUUAGUUUUGAGGCUGCUGUCCCAUUUAUUGAGUUGUUAUUUUGUAUCUGUCUAUUUUUAAAUAUUUUUUAAUCCGUUUGGGGCUAGAAUUAAGGAUAACAAAGAAGUUCUUUUAACUCUAGUUAUAAAAAUAAUUUGUAUUCUUAAUAAGUAUAGUUUAAUUCAGGGAAUAUUCCAAAUUUGCGAAUUUCUCAAAAAAAAAAAAGGAAUUGCUUUGUUACUAGAUUCUCUUUAAUACCAACCAUUCCUUCCCUCCCCCCCAAAAGAUGCUGUUUAAGUUUUCUUCAGAUACUAAAGGUUCUUUGUUUAAGAAAAAUUCCUGUUGUUUUCCUAGUGCUUGAAGUGUGCUGGAAGCAGGUGGUUGAAGACCACAGGAUCUAGGAAGUCAAGCCACAAUGUAGAGUCGGGAUAAUUAUUAGGCUGGAUGAACUGUGAUCAAAUGAGAUAAGUUGUAAAAGUACUUUGUAAACCUUGAAGCAUUAUAUAUAAAUGUUAGUUAUUAUAACUUAACUAUUCCACUUGACAGUCACAAUGUUUUUGUGCAUAUGGAGUAUAAAAAUUUUUUUUUUCAGGUACCAAGAACAGGUUGGGAAGAAGGAGGGAAAGCUGUCCUAGAGCAGAAAAUUGACAUGGAAAGCCAUGUAGCACUCAGCUCAGAGAGGAGAGUCAGGAGGGGAGAGCCAAAGCCCAAGGGCUCUGUAUCAGUAUCAGCAUGUCCAGUCCGGAAAGGAUCUUAGAGAAUUCCCUGAGCUUGAAGGUGAGGAAGCUGAGGUGAGAGUAAGCAAGGACAGGAGAGUUCUUAGAGCAGGAAGGGUGCAGCUGAGCCAGGCAGGAGGCAGGUGAUCAGGGUGAUGAGAUGGAGCCCAGUAAGUAGGAUGAGGCAGGAACUGUUAAUAGAAGAGCUUUCAUGAGGCUAACUUGGAGAACAGGCCCUAGGACAAACAGCCAAAAUGCUUCAUUAUUAGGGUUAAAAUGUUUGUUGUGGAAUUAGAUGAAAACAUCGCAGCUUUUUCAUGUGCAGAUAGGUUGGGAAGUUUGUAAACACAGAAUCUCAAUUUAGAAGAGACUCAGAAAUGAUCUAGUCCAACCUGCACCAAUUUGAAGAAGGGGCAGCUUGUUGCUCCUGAGGCAGCUCUAAUUAUUAAGAAAUCUUUCUUUAUAUCAAGCCAAAAUUUAUUUCCUUCCCCCCUGCCCCAACUUCUCCCCAUUCUCCUUAGUUACACCUUUUGGAGCUAAGCUUCAACAAGUCUAAAUCCUGUCCCUCAAAUAUUUGCCUAACCCACCCCCGACUCCCACCACUUUCCUUAUGACAUGGUACCCAUCCUAAUUGCCCUUAUCUGCAUGGUUCGUUAUUCACCAUUCAUCAGUGUCUUUUCUGAUAUGUACACUCCAAAAUAGUAUUCUUGAUGUAAUCUCACCAGAAUAGAAUAAUAAUGGUUUAAAAUAAUUUUUAUUAGAAUAAUAAUAGCAAACAUUUGUAUAGCUCUUUUAAGAUUUGCAAAGUGCCUUACAAAUAUGGUUUCAUUUUAUCAUCACAAAAAUCCUAUGAAGUAGGUGAUAAUCAUUUUCUUCAUCUUAUUUGAAGGAAAAUUGCAGCUGAGGGAAGUUAUGUGACUUGCCCAGGAUCACACAGCUGGUGUCCGAGGCUAGAUCCUAAUUCAGAUCUUCCUUACUCCAAAACCAAAACUGUCCUCUAUUCCAGAAUAUACAUGUACAAAGUUUAUACAUAAAUUCCAAAACACAAAAUUAGAAUAUUUUACCAGUUCUAGAAACAAUGUCAGCAUAAAUACAGCCUAAGAUAGUAUUUAUUGUUUUAUCUACUGAUCCAUAUUGAAUUUGCAGUAUUCUAAAACCUCCAUAUUGUCAAUGUCAUUGUUAUUUUUUACUUUUCUGUCUUUGUGAAAUAUUUUUGAAAUGGAUGACUUUUCUUCUCCCCAUCCCCACAAGACCUUUCCUUAUAAGAAAGCAAAAAUGACAGAAUAGUCAACUAUAGCAAUCUAGUGUUUGACAAACCCAAAGAUUCUAACUUUUGGGAUAAGAUUUCAUUAUUUGAUAAAAACUGCUGGGAUAACUGGAAAUUAGUAUGGCAGAAAUUAGGCAAGGACCUACACUUAACACCAUAUACCAAGAUAAGAUCAAAAUGGGUCCAUGAUCUAGGCAUAAAGAACGAGAUUAUAAAUAAAUUAGAGGAACAUAGGAUAGUUUAUCUCUCAGACUUGUGGAGGAGAAAGAAAUUUGUGACCAAAGAUGAACUAGAGACCAUUACUGAUCACAAAAUAGAAAAUUUUGAUUAUAUCAAAUUAAAAAGCCUUUGUACAAACAGAACGAAUGCAAAGAAAGCAAAAAUGAUCCGCAUCCCCACACUAAAGCAUAUAAGGUUUUAUUAUUUGUUCUCUAUUAAACUUAAGUUGGGCCUUGCAUUUAAUUUGAGUUCAGUUGUCUUUUAACUUUGUUAUUUAAAUUACUGUAAUCUCAGGGUAUUUCGUUCUCCUAGUUUCACCAUCAGUUGAUGCAAGUCUUUCAUGUUCCUAUAAAUGUGUCUGUUUCUUGCAAUGCAAGGACCUAUAUCAUUGCAUUCCUAUAUUAGGUUUAUUUCCUUAUUAUCCAUUCAAAAGAAAAUUACUUUUUGAUGUACUUUUUUUCUCCCAUAAAUAGUGUGAGGAUGAAUAAUUUGAUAUAAAUGGGACCUUUCUUUUUGUCUUUGAAUACCUUGGGUCAAAGGGUAGGAAUUGAUGGAUCAAAAAAUAAGAAUAUUUCAAUGAUUUUUAUCCCAUAAUUCUAAAUAAUUUCCCAUAAUUAAUGAGUGUGCCUGUUGACUUAUACUUUCUCCAGUAUUAAUUGUUUCUGUUUUUUUGUUUUUUUUUUAUCAUCUUUACCAUGCUGCUAGUAUGAGAAUUGUGUCAGAUUGAUUUAAUUUGUUUCGGAAUUGUUUUAAUUUGCUUUUCUGUUAUUGGUGGUUUAUAGCAGUGGCAACAAAUUCAAAUAGAAAUAGAUCACUGUUGGAAUACAUGGGAAUUACCUGACAGUGGCUGCUUGGAGAUCCAACCCAGAAUGGAUCUCCUCUUGUGAGAGGAUGAUACAAGGAGCCUGAGAGGAAGUUGCUGUUCUCUGACCUCUCUGAUUGAGAGGCCAUUACAUUGUCCGACCUCUUUCCUCUUCCCUCAGCCUCCAGUUUAUCUCAUUUCCACUCUGCAACACCUGUGUCAGCAAAGGCUGCCUUACAACUACUUCAGAUGGUAUGAUCUACUGCUGUGGAGGCUCUCGGAGAAUUAACCUGCCUUUUAACAGAUCCCUGUGUUGUGUAAGGCAGUGUAUUGCCUUAAAAAAUCUCAAGUUAACAUCUAUAUUGUGUUGUAUUUUAUUUAUUUUAUUAAGCAUUUCCCAAUUACAUUUUAUUAUGAUUCAGGCAGCAUUUGGGAGUUUGAAGACAAAAGUAAUGGCUGGGAAUUUGACACUUCUGGUUUGGAACAUUCUUUCAUAUAUUACUGACAGAUUUCAUUCCUUUAAAAACAAACUGUGUUCUUUGAGUAGUUAUCUGUCAUCAGACUUUUAUCAGAAAUGUUUGUUGCAAGGAAUUUUUCAUAACAAUUUUUCUUUUAGCUGUAUUAAUUCUGUGUGAAAGAUUUUUAUAUUUCUGUAACUGAAAUUUUCUAUUUUAACCAUCUGCUAUGAUUAUCUGUAUCCCUUGUUUUUUUGGUUAAGAAUACUUCUCUUUGAUUAUGGUCUGAGAGGCAGAACUAGAAUGAUAUGGAGUAAAUUUAGACAAUAUAAAAAUAUAUUAAUAAAAAAUUUGCUCAAAAAUUUUCACCUUAAUUGUAGUUGUGAAAGAAACUUCUUUUCUUCUUUUUUUAAAUAAUAAAAAAGUUUUUCACAAUUAA